AACAUAUAAUUAAAGUUUUUGGUCUUUCUGGCUAAAGCUUUGAGUUGUUUGGAUUGAUUUCAAACAAUUCAAAAGCUUUUGGUCUUUGCUCAUCAGACAUAACAAUGGCAGCAAAACAGACCAUGAUUUUUGCCCUUGAUGACACUGACCACAGCUUUUACGCCUUAGAAUGGACACUUGAUCAUUUCUUUGGCUCAACUUCUAGUCUCUUUAAGCUCGUCAUUGUUCACGUUAAAACCACUCCAACUUCUGUUGUAGGUCUUGCUGGCCCAGGAACAAGUGACGUGCUCAUGCUGGUAGAAACAGAUAUUAAAAAGACAGCUCAGAGAGUUUGUGAGAAGGCAAAACAAUUAUGCGAAGCUAAAGGGGUGAAUGAUGUAGAACUUGAUGUUUUUGAAGGAGAUGCUAGAAAUGUGUUGUGUGAAGUUGUUGACAAGCAUCAUGCCGCUGUCUUGGUCAUGGGAAGCCAUGGUUAUGGAACAUUCAAAAGGGCCGUUUUGGGCAGCGUAAGUGACUACUGUUCUCACCAUGCUCGUUGCUCCGUGAUGAUUGUCAAGAAGCCAAAGGCAAAGAAUUGAGAAGGUACAAAUAAAAGAAAAAAGGAAAUUUAGGAGAGAGAUUAAUAAUUAGACCAAGAACUUCACAAGAAAUACAAAAUUUAGAGAAGGGACAUACAUCCAAUUCUCUAUAUAUAUACUAUUAAUUUGUAACUAGAAUAUGUAGCUAGCAUGCUUUUGUAAUUGAAAAAAAAAUCAUCUCUUGCCGGCUCCGUGAAAUUAGUAAUUAGCAAUUUAUAGGUA